CUUUAAUUUCAGAAUUGUCACAUCAUUAUUGGAGUCACUUUGCUAUUAGUGGCAUUCUUCUUGGUGGUGAAGUUUUAUUGGUAGUGAAGUUUUCAUCAUUGUAUCAUUAUCUUUAUGGUGAAGAUUUGUUUGUUGAUAUUGUUGUUAUUGUGGCCAUAGACAUCGAUUAUAUUAACAUGUCUAAUACUAAUAGCAAUGUUCAAGAAAUUCCUUCCUUUGUCUCAAGUUCUGAUAUUGAUCUAAUCAUAGAUGAAAUCAAAUCUACUAACUCAAAAAACCAAAGUUUAUCAAAAAAUACUAACCAAAUCACAAGCCCUAAUACUAUUUCCAAUUCUGGUUUAAGUUUAGUCUCAAAUAUCGAGUUUGACCAAGAUAAAAGCCAAGUCAACAAAGAUAGAGUUUAUGAGGAUGAUGAAGACUCAAAUUCUGAUUUCAAAGUCAUUGAAAAAUCAGAACAAAAUAAACAAAAAAAAAGAAAAAGAUAA